UCAUUACGUGCGUUCCGUGCGGAACGUUCGGAAUGUAGGUCAGCGGCUCUGCCUCCGCCCCGCCCCGCCCUACUUCUUUAAAUACCCACCCUCGCCGGAUCCGCUGCAUGGGAAACACAUGGGGAUGUGCUGAUACCAGGAUUUAUCUCAUAACGACGUAAGAGCCAGUGUUGCUUAUUUGCCAUCAUUCCUCCAUCAUGGAGCUGGACCGGCGGCUGCUGCUUGCCCACUGCGCGGCUCACGCCCUGUCGGUCGUGGCCGGCUUACUGGUGGUCGUCCCGAUGGCCCUCAACGGCUCAGCCUUUAAAGGCCGUUGCGCCCUCUUCUCCUCCGGCUACUGGCGGACCGAAGAGCGGGCCGAGCUGACGGAGCCGCCGCAGGAGCUGUCCCGCCUGGUGGUGCAGCAGUGGGGCCCGCUGGCAGCCUGUCAGUUCGUGACGUUUGUGGGGAUUUUCACGGUGCUGUACGGGGCCGCGCAGGGCUGGAGGUGCCUCUUCUAUCUGCACGGAAGACAUGACGACACCCUGUUUUCAUCUUUCCUCACGGUCCUGCUGAGUGUGUGCGUGCUCUUCCUGUCUGGAGGGGCCAGCGUCAUCCUGUCUCUGGGGUUCAGCUCCUGGUGCGACACGGUGACCGACGCCAACACGCGACCCUACAGCUGUGCAGAGUCCCAGUCUGUCCCACUUUACCUGGACGUGAACACCUCCUCUUUCUUCACAGAGCUGAGCUUGGCACAGGCGUCUCUGUGGGGUGUGACGGCCCUGUGGCUGGCGCAGUCGAUCCUGGCCUUCCUGCGGCUCUACCACUCCCACAGCCAGCACAUGGGCGGACCCUGGCUGCACCGGGACAAAGAGUUUCUGCUCGGACAGAGUCCCACCGAGAGCAUCUCCUCCUCGUCUCCCCGUCCCCCAGCAACUCCCACCAUCUUCAUCUGACCGAACAAAAGUCCCCACGCUUAACUCCACUUUGACAUUCAAAACCUCAAUUUUCUCACCCAUGACUUCUGAUGGUGUCAGUCUGCAUGUGGUCCUUUUUACAGAACUUCUUUAUGAGAGCCCGAACAACAAAUGGUAUUUAUUAUCUGUCCGCCAAAGAUGCUGGAAGCAGAGCAGUCAUCCUUUCAGGAAAUUCUGAUUUUAGAUACGCUCAGUAUCCUAACGUUUGAAUCUGAAUAUGAGAGGGAUUAAGCUCACCUCUAUCAUAGACCAAAAGGGAUUUUAUAGCAUAUAUCUGAAUUAAUCAGAUUAUCUGUAGAUGUCGCCAAUGAUCUGGUAACUAAAUGGUACUUAGUUAUGUUUGUUUUGCCAGUUUACAACUUUAUUUUUAACAUGCUUUAUUCAUUCAUGCUACCCAUGACAGUGAAAGCUACCAGGUGGUUUCUUUUCAUUUUACUGCAGCCUGCUGUGAACAUAUUUAAGAUGCAUGUUUGUUUACAUUUCUCCUGGAAUCCUGCAUUUUGCACAGUCCUUUUCCUCAUCAGUGAGAAAGUGGAUAUUUAGUUUUUUCUGAGUAUUAAAUUCAGAUGAACGCUGACAUAUAUUUCUUGUGAAGUGUGAGCCGGCGAGCUGGAUGUUCUGUUGGACACGAGGGGGAAAAAAAACACCACCAGCCUUCUCUGGCCUUGUGACGAUUUCCAUUAUGAUGCUGUUUGUGUGGACACAGCCGCUUUCAUGAUGUCAGUGUAGCGGUCAGAGCCAGCCCGAUUGAUCAGCGUUGAGUUCAAUUGGCAGCUGUUUGUUGGGUGAUAUGUGAGUUCUAACACUAAGAGAUUUCUAUGGAGGAAACAAUUAAAAAUGUCUCCUUUAUUUCUGCUGUUGCCAUUGACCAAAGCGGCUGUAAUGACACACAUACUGCGGAGCAGGAAAUCUGAAGGAAGCAGAGAAGAGACGGUUGUGCCAGCUUGAACUAAUUAUGACGUUUUAAAUUAUUUUGUACUGUUUUACGUGUUUGUGUUUAUUCACUUAUGUUUUUGUAUUUUUCUUGUUUUCAAAUAAACCACUUCCAUAAAACCUG